AUGGCCUCCUUUCAAUUAUUAUUAUCUGCUGGUGAUAUUGAAUUAAACCCUGGUCCGGACUCUGACAGCUCUUCUCAACAAAAGAAUAAACAACAGAGAACAUCUCGAUCCUUUUCCAGAAUUUGUACAGAAUGUCAGAAAACUGUCCGGAAAAAUCAAAAAAGAUUUGUAUGUGAUGUAUGCAAAGAUUUUAUUCACGCAAGUUGUCUCGGAGUCGCCUACACGAACAACCUAAAUUCCAGUCAACCACAAUGUUGGACAUGCCAUAAAUGUGUUCUAUCAAAGUUGCCUUUCUAUGGUCAUGACAUUCUUGAAAUAAUCUCGGUUAACUCCCUAACAUCAGACAACGAUAACGAUACACAUCUUAACAUUCUUAGUAAGCAUGUACAACACCUCAAGAUCAUGCAUAUUAAUACCCGAAGUAUGGUCUCUACUUUCGAUCACUUAUGUCUUAUGAUCGAACGCUAUGCCUUUGACAUAAUCACGAUGAGUGAGACAUGGUUAAAAGAAAAUAAUCUUUUACUUCAACAUGUAACAAUUCCAGGUUAUGUUCACGCGUUCAAUAACAGAGAUAAGAUAAGAGGUGGUGGUGUCGGUAUUUACAUCAAAGAAUCAAUUAAGUUUAAACGAAGACAAGAUCUCAAGAAACGUUAUCCCACAAUGGAGCAUCUCUGGAUAGAAAUUUCCGGUCGUAAUCGGUAUAGUAAGCUUCUGCUUGGUACAAUAUAUCGAUCUGAUGCCAUCUUACCAUAUACAACCUGGUUAGAGUACUUUAACGAUUUACUGAGUGAUCUAUCUGUUCAGUGGGAUGGGAUGUUAGCUGUUACGGGUGACUAA